UUCAGUCGAAAUUCAGCACCGAACGCGCAAGCUUUACGAAAAGCUGGUAGACAAGAUUUAUGAAGAACGAUUAAUUUUCGUUCAGUGAAGUUAAAUACAAAACUAUGUUUUAGCCAGAAAAAUAAACACAAAACAAACGGCUAAUAACGUUGGCAAAAAAAUAAAAAAACAAGCCAAGUUGAAGAAAACCACAAAAAUUUCAACGAAAAAAAUAAAAAAAAGUAAAAAUAAUAGUAACGUGUGGCAAGAGAAAAGAGAUAAAGUGAAAAAGCAUGUGAACUUGUUGGGGCACAGCAGCAACAAUAACAAAAAUAACAAAAACAACAAAUAGUUUAUGCUCCAGCAAGAAGAGCAAUAAGAAAUUUACGUGGCAGGUGUGUAGAAGCGCAUUCCACAGAUUGUACACAAUCUAUAUAUUAUAUGGGACAAGGGAACCGACCCAGCGACUAAAUCAUUUUUCAAGUGCUGCAGUUGAUCCCGCCGAGAAGAUGCCAAUUGAUUUUGAUUUUCGCAAAUUAUAACGAGACAUUUAUAUGAUUUGAUAUCUGGGCGAAAAAAUUCGCAGUCAGCCAGUCAGCCAGCCAGCCAGUAGAGACAAUACAAUAUAACUGGCGGACCAGGCGGCGACAAGGUCAUAUCGAUUGUCAUCAGCUGUAUAGCAACCCAACCACCCACCGAACACCCCGUUUUUCGGAAGAAAGCAAACAGCGAGGGAGAGUCAGGAACAUGCCGAGCUUGCACAAGCCAAGGAGGUGCAUGCACCAGAUGCUAAUGAUAUAUGGACUAAUAUUUGUAUCCAGUGCAACGACACUUGACCAGAAGCCCAAUCCGAGUCCGAAUCCGUGUGACUCGAUUAAGUGCCCGCCGGAAUCGGAGAUUCAAUGCCCGGCGGACAGUUCGAUACGCGAGAAUCUGGACCUGAUUAAGUCGAAUGCGGUGGACUUGCCGCCGGAAGUCGACCACCAGCAGCUGCAGGUGUUUUACAACAAUAACACGGAGAUCUCCCAGGCGGACCUCGAGCGGUGCUGUUUGGCCCACAAGUGUGUGUGCAAGACCUGCUACAUACCGGACUGCAAUCCGGACAAGGACGAGGUGGUGGUGGAGCUGGUGCCGGAGGAUCCACACACCCCGGGCCAAUGUUGCGGCAAGCACGAGUGUCGCCCGGCGCCGAGUUGCACGGCGGAAACCGAAAUGAAAUAUUUCUGGCUGGAACGAUGCCAGAAAUGCCAGUGUGUGUCCGGCACGAAGAUUUGCCACCAGGUCUGCGACGAGGAGUCCAUCGCCGAGGAGGGCGCCCCGCAUUCCUUCUGCGAGUCGAAGAGCCUGAACAAGUUCUUCGAGAACGGCGAGGCCUGGGUGGACAACUGCGAGAUGUGCGAGUGUGUGCGUGGCGAGCCCAAGUGCAGCAUCACCCUUUGUGGCACCUACAACUGCCCCCUGGAGCGGCAGGUGAAGUUAAACGGCACCUGUUGUCCGGUGUGCUGGCCCGAAGAUGAGCCCCUGCCAAACGAGAGCGUCACCGAUGGCAGUACGAUUGAGGACUACAAGGAUCCCGAAUCGGAGGAAGUCGAGGGAGAUGCUCUGCCGCCCUUGUUGCCUGAUCCCGAAACCACUCAGCACAGUGGCGACUUGGUAGCCAGCACCACCACUUCCACUAGUACUAGUACAUCCACCACUACCAGCACUGCUAGUCCCAGCACUACAGCUGUACAGCCACCAGUUCCCGUGGCUCCAGUCGCCACCAUCUGCCACUGUGCCUUCGAUGCCCCCAACGUGGUCGAGGUCCGCCAUCAGUCCAACUGCCUCACCUACGGGCUAAUAGCCUACUCGGUUCUAAUCACGAUCGCCUCCCUGGGCAUGGGCUUCUACAUUUACACGCAGCGUGCCAAAAAACGUUCCUACGAUCCAGUCUCCAUGGAUCACAGCAUCUAAGCGGAGAGAUACCACUUGGAAGGUAGUACCACCACCACAACUCUGGAUAAGAUUUCCAAAACGCAGUACUACAUAGAAAAUGUCUCUAGCGUACUAUACAAUCAUGUUAUUUAGACUAAGUAAUCCUUCUUUUUGAAACCUCUUUUUGUUAUGUGCUUUUCUAGUGAGGCCAAAAUUUCUAAAUGAAAAUUCCCAAAAGUCCCUUUCUUAAUGCUUCGAAAGGAAUACUAUUCUUCAAGGGCCCUCGUUAUCCUUGCCUUUCUUUGUUUUUUUGGUAUUGAUCUCAUUUUAAUUUUUCACUUUUCCCUUGCAAAACAAAAAGAACGAUCCCCCAUUACGAAAAGAAAUGACAUGAUAAGCCACGAACUUCCGCAGCAACAA